AUGCUUGAGUGCAGCAUUCCCAUGAUACCUGCAGUUGACGGCAAUGGUAACUAUGGCAUCACAAUUAUGUAUAGCAUUCGGCAACCAGGUCAGACACGAGUUUGGCGACCGGACAUCAUCGAUCAACGUUACGUAGAAGAUCGCCCUUUCCGAGUUUCUUUGGAGCACAGCAGUGAUUCUCGCCCACCUCAAGGUUUCAACGCAGCUGCACUUCCAUUCAAUACCGAUCCACGAGUGAAACAUUUGCAAUACAAUAGCCCAAUGGGUCUUUACUCGAACGAAAGCGCCACCGAACAAUACGUGCAACAAACACAGGGCAUUAUUGACAACGGAGUGUAA